AUGAGCGUCAGACCCGCUACUCAUGCCGGAACUUGGUAUAGCUCCAAUGCUUCUAAGCUUGCAUCGCAACUUCAGCAGUACCUAUUGCACUCACAGGUGGUGCCCCGCGCCAGGAUCAUAAUUUCGCCCCAUGCAGGUUACACCUAUUGCGGAUCAACAAUGGGAAAGGCAUAUGGAACGCUUGAUCUACAAAAUAUUAAACGAAUUUUCAUACUAGGUCCAUCUCAUCAUGUUUACUUCCGCAACAAGGCACUGGUGUCGCAAUUUGAUGAGGUCGAGACUCCGCUGGGCAAUAUUCUUGUGGACACAGAAGUUGCAAAACAACUUAUUAAGCAUGAGGAAUUUGAGCCGAUGGAUGCAGAAAUGGACUGUGAUGAGCACUCGUUGGAAAUGCAAUAUUCCAUGCUGUAUGAAACCCUAAGGCUACGUCAAAUUGAUAUCAAACAAGCUCGAAUCGUGCCAAUAAUGAUCUCCCAUAAUUCGACACGCAUAGACUACGCACUGGGAAAGACUUUAAGCAAAUAUGCGUCUGAUGAAUCAUCUGCGUUCAUUAUCAGCUCUGAUUUUUGCCAUUGGGGCCGUAGAUUCAAUUAUACUGGCUACGUUGGAGACAAGAGUGAAAUUGAAGAGGCACUCAAGGAUGACACAGAAAUUGAAUCACUCACGGCGCGUAGUAAACUGUCUCAUCACCAAAUACCCAUUUGGAAGAGCAUCGAGCUUUUGGACAAAUUUGCAAUGGAAUUACUCUCCCAAAGCGAGCCGCACGACAAGUACGAGCUAUGGAAACAAUAUUUAGAAGUUACAGGGAACACAAUUUGUGGUGAAAAGCCCAUAGGCGUAAUCCUGUGUGCGCUUAGCUACUUGAAAGCGGUCAACGGCAAAUUCUCGUGGCCCGGCUACUCGCAGUCCAGCCAGGUGUCUAAUGUGAUGGAGAGUAGCGUCAGCUACGCAGCAGGAUUUUGCUCCAUCUAA